CAAAUUCUUACACAUUCGAAUCACUUUCUAGAAGAAAAAAAACACUCUAACACUAAAUCUUUUAUUCCACAAAAAUGUCAAAAGGAGAAGGAAGAAGCCGCAAGAAAUGCUUAGCAUACGUUGCAGCAUUCAUAGUGUUCCAAACAGCCGUCAUUUUAGUAUUCGCCCUCACAGUCAUGAAGGUCAAGAGCCCGAAGGUGAGAUUCAACGCUAUGGUUGUCGAAAGCUUCACCUCCAACAACAGCACAGCCACUUCCAUCAACAUGAAGCUGCUCGCUCAGCUCACUAUUAAAAACACCAACUUUGGCCAUUUCAAGUAUGACGAGAGCACUCUCAUCAUACUACACAAUGGUGUGCCACUCGGGGAGCAUGUCAUCCCCGAGGGGCGCACCAAGGCCAAGAAAAUGCAGAAGUUUGAGAUCUCUGUGGAUGUGAGCACGGCUAGGGGAUCGGGUAGUGAAUUGAGAAAUGAGAUUAAUUCUGGAAUUUUGAAGCUAAGCAGCCAAGCAAAGUUGAAUGGGAAGGUGCAUUUGAUGAAGAUCAUCAAGAAGAAGAAAUCUGGUGAAAUGAAAUGUGAUUGGGAUGUCAAUUUGGGCACUAGGCAGGUGGAAAAUUUGAAAUGCAAUUAAAUUUUUUUAUUUACAUCCUAUACAUAUGCAUAUGUAUAUGAUUUUCGUCGUAGGAAUUUGUUGUAUUUAUUUUGUAUUUUUCCUUUACCUGUGCGGUGAAUGUCGUUCAAUUCAAUUUCCUUUUUUAUUUUCAA